AUAACGCCCUCCUAUCGCUCCCACGUCACCGCAUUGUCCUACAGCUCUCCUCCCCACAUCCCAUGGCUUCCCUUCUCUGCCCCGCCUCCUCCUGCCGCUCCGCCUCCUUUCCCCGCCGCGCCUCCUCUCCCGCUCCGCCGUCCUUCCCCUACAGGCAGCACCACGGCGGCGCACCAUCAGUCCCGCUUGCGCCCCCAGUCGCCUCUCCUCCGCCGCCGCGGGCCCUCGCCGCGGCCUCCUACGGCUACGGCGGCGGCGACCUGCUCAGGCCUAUCGACACGCAGACAAUCAUCAUAGCCGCCGCCGUCGUAUCCGCGGUCUCCCUCUCCCUCGUGCUCGGCCUCAAGGGGGACCCGGUGCCGUGCGACAGGUGCGCUGGAAACGGGGGCACGAAGUGUGUGUUCUGCAACGAUGGCAAAAUGAAGGUGGAAAAUGGAGUCGUGGAGUGCCGUGUAUGCAGAGGAGCAGGGCUGAUACUUUGCAAGAAGUGUGCUGGUUCUGGAUACUCCAAGCGGUUGUAGCGGAGCCCCAGUUAGCUGACAUCCUGUGCAGUUUUACAUCUGAAAACUGGACUUUUGUACAGAUAUACGAACUCUUCUCCGUCAGGGAAUAUGUUCAGGUAGAGGGGUUUGAAGGGGAGAUGAUUUAAUUACAGCCUGCAGAUGUAUUACCAGUUGCAGUUCACUGACGACGCUUUUCUUCUCUGUGAUCAAACUGUUGAAUACACACGACGAGAUUUCGUGUUUGUGUGGGA